CAUCGUGGCAAAUUUGUGCAUGACGUGGCAAAUAGAAUCAGCCAACGUCUUUUAUCCACGUGUAAAUACGAUCGCUCUGUUUCGUAGACUUCUUGUGUUGAAGAAGUUUCUCUCUAAAACCCCAAAUCUAUUUUCCCUCCUUAGCGAGAAAUUAAUCGGAGAAAGAAAAAACUGAGACUAGUGCGAUUUUGAGCAAUUUCUUCGUUUCCAUGGAGUCUGAUAUCGAGAUUUUUUCUGAAGCUGAUGCGUCUAUGCAGAAGCUACGCAUUUUCGGAAUUGAUGAUCGCGAAGAUGAGAAUGGGAGAAGAAGGAUCAAAGAUGUUGAAGUUUAUGUUCCGAUUGUGUGUGGAUCGAUUGCUUUUUAUCUUGGAAAGAAAGCCACAGAAUAUCGAACACAUAAGUGGACUGUCUAUGUACGUGGAGCUACGAAUGAGGAUCUUGGUGUGGUUAUCAAGCGGGUUAUUUUCCAUUUACAUCCAAGUUUUAAGAACCCAACUAGAGUUGUUGAUUCUCCUCCCUUUGCAUUGUCUGAGUGUGGUUGGGGAGAAUUCAAAAUCGACAUAACUGUAAUCCUCCAUACCGAUGUCUGUGAAAAGAAGUUGGAGUUGUCUCACGUCUUAAAGCUGAACCCGGAGAAUGAAUAUGGUCCUAUUCCUAAGUCUAUUAAGAUACCCGUUGUCGCUGAGUCUUACAAUGAAAUUGUCUUCCCUGACCCUUUUGAGAGUUUCCUUGCUCGUGUUCAUAAUCACCCGGCUGUACACAUCUCUAACCUUCCAGAUGGUUUCAACCUGCCUCCUCCAGGAGUUGCUGACACUUAUCAUCUGAUGGAAAAGGGAGACACUAAGGAUCAUCCACUCAGUCAAUGGUUUUUGAAGUUUUCAGAAGUAGAAGAGCUUUUUAAACUUACUGCAGCUCGUAAGAAGGUACAAGCUCAUAUUGCCAAGCUAAAAAGACAGUUGAUCAUGGUAGAUGGGCAACCUGAAGGACUUCAGCCUUCCUCUGGCUAUGAAUGUUAAUGAUCAGACCACAAAAGAGAGGAGUUUGCUCAGAAAGUUUUUGGGAUACUGUUAACAAAUCUCGAUGGGGGGGUUUAAAAACCUGAGAUAUCUUAAUAUCAGAACACCUUUUCUAACUGUUAGAACAUGUAAAAAGGAACCAUUUUGUAGUCAAUAUCGGUGUGUAUACCUACAAAGCACAAGUGCAUUUGCUCAUUUUGUUUGCUUCUUUGUUUCAAGUUUCUCUCAGACUUAAGCAUCACAGGUUUGUUACUCCUAUGCUAAUGCGGAGCUACUCGUCAUUGAUGAAUUUAACAUGAUGUUGUCUGA